GGGGCCGGGAUAGCUCGGGGCUGUGCGGAGCCCCCCGGCGAACCGACCCCAUCCCUGUCCCUAUCACCCUGCGGUGGCUGCGCGGCGGGGACGAGGCAAAGCCGCCCCGCGGAGCUGAAGGGAGGUGCCCCGGCUCUGCCGCCCCGCAGCUGCCCAGGAGCUGAGCUGGGAAAUCCUUGUUCAAGCCAUCCCCUUCUCAGUCUGAUUUUUGUGGGGCCGCUGCUUUGCUUUGUGAGGCAGCGCUCCCUGGAGAAGUGCCUCUUGCAUUUGGAGGUCUCGUCCUGGUGCCCUGCGGUGGCCCAGCAGCAGUUUCCUUCUGUGCUGUUGUGGCUGUCACAAGGACAGUCCCCUUCUCCUCUAGGUCUGAGCUGAAGCAAAUCCCAGCUGUCACCAUGGGCGGUGUCUGGCUGGUUGGACUGAUGGGGCUCAUGCACUUCUGGUUUCCCAAGGUUGCUGCCCAGAAUCCCAUUAAAAACCCCAGGGACCAGAAAACGGAGCAUACCCUCUUGAUUAAUGAAAUCAAUGCUGACACCCCGGGAGAGGACACUUCUGAGUUUGUGGAGCUCUAUCACACCAGUGGUCAAACAGCCCGUUUGGACGGCUACUACCUGGUUUUCUACAAUGGCAACGGAAACCAAGCCUACAGAGUUCUGAACCUCCAGGGCAAGGCUACGAACAGCCAAGGGUUCUUUCUUGUUGGCUCUGCCUCUGUGAACCCGGCAAUAGUUAUUCCUAAGAACACUAUCCAGAACGGCCCUGACGCGAUCGCUGUGUACUAUGGCAAAGGGAACUACAAGGAAGGCAUGAGCGUCACAGGUAAAGGACUGGUGGAUGCCUUGGUCCAUAAGACAAAGAAAACGGACAGAGCGGAUACGCUGGUCAGGGUACUGACCCCUGGCAGAGAUGCUUUGCUGGAGGACUCCACCUUCAGGUCUAUGGACGAGUCAAUCGAAAGGUGCCGUGGGGCGGACGCUCAGUGGUUCUUCCAAGUGGCCGUGCCUACCCCAGGCACAGAAAACCACUGUGUCCUGACACCUCAGCUGAACGCAUCCGCUGUCCUGAUCAGUGAGGUCCAUGCUGCCUCUUCUUUUGAAGAUUUAGAGUUCAUCGAGCUUCAGGGUCCCCAUUCCACCACGCUGAGGGACAUCGUCCUGGUGCUGAUUGAUGGUCGGACCAAAGACAUUUAUUUCACCAUGGAUGUUUAUGGCAAAACCUCAUUGGAUGGGCUUCUUCUGAUUGGCCCAGCACAAAGCAACAUCCCAGUGGACUUGCCAUUCCCAGAGAACACCACUCGUCCUGUCUUCAGGGAUGGCCCCAACGCCAUUGCUGUCUACAGAGGCAACAGCAGCAGCUUUGCCCCAGGGAAGGCACUGCCAGCAGCUGGCCUGCUGGAUGCUUUCGUGUAUACGACCACUGAGGGACCGAGCCCUGAGCUGCUGGACAUCCUGACACCGGGCAGACCUGCCUAUGGCAGCGUGCGGCACCAGCUGGGAGAUGUGUCCAUGAGCCAGUGCAACUGCUGCUCGGUGACUCGGGACUCCUUGUCCUAUGUCCUCAGUAGACCAACCCCUGGCAAGUUCAAUGAUUGCCCCAGCAGACGCUUCAGUCAAACUGUUUCCUUCUGCCUUCGCAUAGCAGAUUGCCAGGAGUGGCUCCCAAAGUCAGAAGAGAUCCUGGUGACUCUGGUCCAGGCCCUUGACCGAUCCUGCAGUUGUGGAGUUUUUCCAGCCUACUUCAAAGAUCCAAAGGCAGCCUGCCAGGACCUGGGGCUUGUGUUUACCACCCUGCUCACUGCAAAGUCAGAAACCCAGCUGAGCAGCCUGCUGCUUGCCUUCCAGACCUUCCUGGAGAGCCCCAGGGCUGUGAGUUUUGAUGGAAGGAAUAUCACAGCAGAAAGUUCGUGCUCCAAGGAUGUCCCUGCGCCGCAUUUGACCCCAGGUGCCCCAUCAGAGAUACCAGAAGGAACACCAGAGCCCUCUAGACAAGCAGGCAAGCUACUCAUCAACGAGGUGAACCCAGACAACCCAGGAGGAAGAGAGGACACGGAGUACAUAGAACUCUUCUACACUGGACAAACAUCCUUUGAACUCCAGGGAUACUGGUUGGUCCUCUACAAUGGCAAAACUGGACGGGCCUACCGGGUAUUGGAGCUGUCUGGACAUCGCACAGACGAGCUGGGUUUCUUCCUGGUGGGAAGCAGUGCUGUGCGCCCAGCACCCAUGGUCAGGCUGCCCCCCAACACCAUCCAGAACGGAGCGGACGCUGUGGCUCUCUACUACAGCAGCAGCACACGCUACAUGCUGAACAUGGCUGUGACUGCUGAGGGGCUGGUGGAUGCCGUGGUGUACACAUCCCGAGUGCUGGAGAAGGCAGAGCAGCUGCUCAAGGUGCUGGUACCAGGGCAGGGCAUCCUGUAUGAGAACGAUUCGCACAGCACCGAGGAUGAGUCUCUCAGCCGCUGCCACAGCCUGAGUGCUAGACUCCAGAGCAGCUUCCAGGUGACUGUGAUGACACCGCUCAGGGAGAACGCUUGCAGUGGCCCCUCCGCUCCAUCCCCACCCACCGUCCGUAUCAACGAGUUGGGCCUGGUGGGCAACGGGACUGUCCGCUUCGUGGAGCUGGAAGGGCAGCCGGGGGCCAGCCUGGCCGGGCUCAACCUGCUCAUCUUCCUGGGCCGGGAGGGCAGAGUGCAACACAGCAUCCCACUGAGAGGCAGCCUUGGAGCUUCAGGGCUGCUCCUGCUGGGUGGUGGGCACGGUGGGACAGAGCUGACAUUCGAGGACAUCUCUGCUGCUAGUGAAGGCUCCAGCGCUAUUGCUCUGUACAGCACCAGUUUGAUUCCUGGUGGCAUGAAGGCAACGACAGAGAACCUAGUGGAUGCUGUGGUGUUCACAUGCAGGCCAAGCACAGCAGGAGGACACUUGGACUUCCUCGGCCCGCUGUAUGCUGUGCCCUGCGGGGAUGACAGGCCCGUGUCCUUGAGCCGCUGCCACUCCGGCGAUGCCAGUGCAGAGCUGCAGUUUGCCGUCUCGGAGCCUACCCCUGGUCUGCAGAACAGCUGUCCCCAGGACACCUUCGCCGUGAAUCUGGACCUGUGCUUCCUGAAACCCAACUGCUCUGCGUGGAUCCUGAACCACGGGGGGUUGCUGGAAAGCUUGAGAAAGGCCUUGGUGAGCUCCCUGGAGGAGAAGUGCUCCUGCGGUGUCCCUGAGCACUACCUGCAAGAGCUGAACCUGACGUGUGUGGACUCCUUGGUGAAGAUCUCAGGCCAGAUGCAUGCUCCGCUGCCAGCACAUCAGCAGACCAUGGAGAGCUGGCACCAGGACCUCAUGGCCAGCCCCCACCGCUUCUCCGUGGAUGGGAGAGUGCUGGAGACCAGCCCUGAGUGUAUCGCCCAAAGAAACACGGCGGUGUCAUCACAGAGCAGUUCCUCCCCCCGCGGCUGGGAGAUCGCCCUGUUUGUCGUGGGAGCUCUGCUGCUCGCGCUCUUGCUGGUGGGCCUGGCGUUGCACUUCAUCAAAAGACGUUUCCAAAAUUACACCAGCAUUGAAAUGAACGACUGCACGGAGAUGGCAGCAGACUUCUAAUGCUCCCAGGCACAGCUACAGUGGCAGAGUCACCACCAGCAAGGCCGGGCUUGUGUCUGCAGGUGGCAGACCAGCUGUCCAGCUCCCUCUUCCUCCAGGACCUGCCAAACCCCAGGUGUAUAUAUGCAUGUGUAGGUGCAUAUACAGAUGUAUACACACACACAUACAUACACAAAAUGCCUGAGUUAUUUUUAUACUUCUAAAUUUUUUACCUCAAACUAAAGGAGUUGAAAGAAACGGGCAAAUUUUGUGCUGUGGUGACCAGAAAGAAACCUCCUUGCCUCAUGCACAGCCCUACAGCAGUGAAAGUAUUUCAGCCUCCCCUGAGCCCCUCUUAUCCAAGCAAGGGGGUUCAGAGCAUCAUGCCUCCGAAGUCUCUGCUGCAGCAGCUCUGUACCACCAGCAGCCUGCCAUAGAAGAGCCAUUGCUGCUGAGUCCACUGCCAGGUCACCCUGCCCAGUCACAGAAUAGGGCUCAGAGGAGAGGAAAGUACACAGUUCAUGCCCAGGUACCACCCUGCUCACAUCCCUUACAUGUAUAGUCCCAUGAUGCAGAGCACAGUCCGUCCCUGUGCAGGCAGUGGGCAGGAGCAAAGGGCAGUGCCAGACUCCAGAUGUGCUGAGAAUUCAGAGGGUGAGGGAGUGACUUUGGUGAGAGCUGCUCAAGGAAUCCGCUUCCUACACAAGUGUGAUCUAUCCCUAAUGGUGUGGUGGCUGAUGCCAGGCCUCUGGUGACAUUCCUGGUGUGUGGAAUGGUGGUCCCACCUCGUGUCUGAGCACGCUGCACAGCUCUGUGCAUGGUGGCUGUGCCAAGCCAGGUCCAGCCCAGCUGCUGUUGGAGCGAGGGGGAGGUAAAAUGGAGAAGGACACCCCACACUGCUUUUCAAACAUAUUUCUCAACCAUACAGACUUUUACCGAAUAAGCUCUGCAGGGGAAAGGCACAAAGUGUUUCUAUGAUUGUCAGUGACCUUUCGGAGAAGAAGCCUCACCUUGAGGCCAGUCUUGUCCCCGAUGUGUCCCUUCCAGUUCCACAUUCUGUUUGCAGCCAGCGCGAGCUGCUGUGGUCCAUGGGUAACCAGCCAGCUCCUGGGCCAGCCAGGAUGGACAGCGUGGGAGAAGCAGGUUACAGCUUUCCCUUCCCUUCUAGUGCCCAGCAAUAGGUGACGCAUCAGUAACAUUCUCUGCAGAUGACCCAUAUCGCCCUUAGGCAACUGCCACAGCCUCUGAUGCAUUUGCUUCAUGACUUUGUUCUGCUGCAGUGCCAGCCCACCCUGCUGUCAGUGCAGCCCUGCUAGAGCACCCUGCCAUCACGCAGGGUCAGAGGAGCUCCAUCCUGAAAUGGCUGAAGUUCGGCACUGUGGGUGAGGGCUUGGCCAUGCUGUUGGAGGGGACACAGGGCUAGUUCGCUGGCACAGCACCAUGGCUUGCAGUGGAGCUGAGCUGCUGCAGCAUCAUCAGCAUUUCCUGCUGGAGCCAAUGCUGCUGGUGCUCCUGCUGGUGCUCCAGGUGGCACUGCCUCUCUAGCACAGCGUGCAGUGGCUGGGU